AUGGUUAUCAAAGGCACCCAACUAGAUGGCGUCGCCCUUGUCGUUGGCGCUGGCCGCGGAAUCGGUCAACAGACUGCCUAUUCUCUAGCUGAAGCCGGCGCCCGCGUCAUCGUUUUCGCUGACAUGAAUAGCGAGACAGCCACUGCCUCUGCUGAGGAGAGCAAGCAAUAUGCCACACACCCUGAAUAUGAAUCCACCAAUUUUACCGUUAAUGUCACUGAUCAAGACGGCGUGCAGGCUAUGGUUGAUUUUGUAGUAGAGAAGUUCGGACGACUAGACUAUGCUGUGAAUGCGGCCGGAGUUGAUAACGGUGUCCACACCCCUUUCGCCGAUACCGAUAUCGAGAACUUUGAUCGCAUCCAGACGGUCAAUGCUCGCGGUAUGUUUCUCUGCUGCCGUGCCCAAGCAGCCGCCAUGCGCAAACAGACCUCACGCAGCUUCACUAGCCGUACCGGGACACGGGAUAUCGGUCGUGGCGCCAUCGUAAAUGUCUGUUCGGCUAAUUCCUUCGCCGGACUUAUUGGAAAAGGGUCUUAUACGGUCUCUAAGCAUGCCUGUAUGGCGGUGACAAAAAUGGUUGGAUUGGACCACUCCGCCGAAGGUAUUCGCUGUAACGCUGUCUGUCCUAUCUGGGUGCGCACACCGUUACUUGACGUCGAACUGGAGCGGAACCCCCAGGUGCGCGCGGAGAUCGAGGCUGUCGUACCCAUUAAGCGCGCUGCCGAUAGCGAGGAGGUCGGUGAUUCAAUUGCCUACCUGCUGAGUCCAUCAGCGAGUUACGUGAAUGCGACGAGUUUGUUGUUGGAUGCGGCGGUCACAGCAACCCUGCGGUUUCAUUAG